AGUUAUAUAAAGGUAAUUCGAAUAUUUCAUUAUCACGGUAAGGCAAACGUAUACAAUUACAUGAGUUGUAUGAUUUAAUCAUGCUGAUAAAAGUGAAAACACUAACCGGAAAGGAAAUUGAAAUCGACAUCGAAGCAAACGAUAAAGUUGAAAGAAUUAAGGAAAGAGUGGAAGAAAAGGAAGGCAUCCCUCCACCACAACAACGACUUAUUUUCAGUGGGAAACAAAUGAACGACGAUAAAACUGCUUCUGAUUACAAAAUUGUUGGAGGAUCUGUGCUUCAUUUGGUUCUUGCUCUUCGUGGGGGGCAAUUUUAAUAACUUGACUACUGCUUUAACUGUUUGAGGACAUUUUAGAUUGUAAUCAUGACAGUCUUUCUGCUGCAUAUUUACAAUCAUAACGGCAUUUCGCUGUACGAAAAGGAAUGGUGCAGAAGAAAAAAAUCUAAUUUACCGAAGGAACAAGAAAAUAAAUUGAUGUUUGGAAUGCUGCAUUCAAUAAAAUCAUUUGUAGCUAAAAUGUCUCCUAAAGACAGCAAAGAAGGAUUUAUGUGCUAUUCAACAAGUCGAUACAAGUUGCAUUUUUAUGAGGCACCAACUGGAUUAAAAUUCGUCAUGAUGACUGAUGUGAAUGUUGGAAAUAUUCGGGAAACAUUGAAGAGAAUAUACAGCUCUGUCUAUGUGGAAUAUGUUGUGAAGAAUGCAAUCUGUGGCUUGAAUGAACCAAUUGAAAGCAAUCUAUUUGAAAGCAAACUUGAUGCCUUUGUUCAAGGCCUGUCAUUCUUUGAAGAAAUUAAGGAAUAAAGAAGAUUUUCCUUGCAAGUUCAACUAUAAUUUGCUUGACAUGUAUAUUCUGUUAAUAAAUACAAUACAAACAAAUAGCA